AAGCUGUAUUUGGUUCAAAAAGUAGCGGCAAAAUAUUGGCCUUUGAGGUGAGAAAUGGCCGCGGUUCACGAGGAUGAUUAUGACUACUUGUACAAGGUUGUACUAGUCGGUGAUGCCACAGUUGGCAAGACACAUCUUUUGUCUCGCUACAUCAAGGGUUCAUUGCCAAAAAAUCCAACUGCCACGAUCGGGGUGGAAUUUGCAACCCGUACUGUUCCUUUGGCCGUCGGGGGCACAGUGAAAGCGCAGAUUUGGGACACUGCAGGACAGGAGAGGUACCGGGCGAUCACAAGUGCUCAUUACCGACGAGCAGUUGGUGCCCUGUUGGUGUAUGACAUAACCAGAGAAGGGACAUUCAAGAGUUGUACCAAAUGGAUGGAGGAGUUGCGACAGAGUGCUGAGCCAGACAUUGUUAUCAUGCUAGUUGGCAACAAGGUGGACCUUGUGGAAAAGGAUCCCUCGCUACGGCAGGUGUACUUCGACGCGGCUCAUGAGUUUGCCAAGCUCCACGGCUUGAUAUUUGAGGAGGCCAGUGCAGUGACCUCCCACAAUGUGAAGUACAUUUUCGAACACCUGCUUCAGGAGAUCUAUGACCAGACCUCCAAGAGAAGAGAGCAGCAAAGCAUUGACAACAGUAAUAUGGUGGGCGGCAUUCAGGUAGCAGCAAUCGGUCCAAAAAAUGAUAGCUGUGAUAACUCCUGUUGACGAGCAGUUCCAGUGAUGGAGGCCUGUAGGACAACCGUGACGGCCAAAGCGCCAUUUUUGGAGAAAGCAGGGAUUCUUGAGCAAGGACGCUACUAGGAGCAAAGGGCAUCGCUACUAGGAGCAAGGACGCUACUGGGGGCUCCUGG